AUGCUUCUACAAACAAUCCUCACAAUUUUCCACUUAUUUUCACUAAUCCAAGCACAUUCAUAUUCAAUAAAUGAAUACACAUCAGAAAUAUGUUCAUAUACAAAUAAAUCAAUCAUAUUAGAUAUCAAACCAUUACAACCAGAUUAUAGAAUCAAUUACUUGAUAUUCCACUAUAAAGAUGCAGAUGAUUCAACUUCAAAUAUACCUCAAUUCAAAGAACAUGGAUACCAAAACCCUGUACAAUGUUUAAAUAAUACUGGAGAAUUAUGUAAAGAUGGUCAAGGUUAUGAAAUUGAAUUUCAAUCAGAUAAACAUGAUGUUGUGAUUAAUAGUGCUUUAGUACCAGGUACUAAUGGCUCGAUGAUUUAUAAUAUCACAAAUCCGGGGUUUUAUUGUGCUUAUUUCAAUACAGAUGUUUAUUUCCAUGGUGAAAUUGAAUUUGAAACAAGUUUUGGUGGAUUAGAUGUUGAUAAUUAUACCAGAUUAGGUCUUAAUUUAGCUUUUGCUCCUUUCCAUUUCAUUCUUUUAGUUUUGGUAUUAUUAUUGAAGUAUCCUACUAAAUUGAAAUGGCUUGUUGGGUUGAUUACAUUGAUUCGUGUAUUGGACAUCUUUGAUCUAGGUUUGAUUCAUAGAUAUGACGGUGAUAACUUAUUAAUUCAAGCUUUCCAUUUAUUCAUCAAAAACAUUUGUGGGAAUUUGAUUUUAGGUUGGAUUAUUUAUAAUCUGUUACUAAACUCAAUAGGAUAUGGAAUCUUGGAAGAUGAAUCAAUGAUUUCUAAAACAACAACAACAAUAAAUCAUCUAACUCUGGGAUUCAUUGCAAUCAAAAUUUUCAAUGAAAUGUAUUUUGAUAAUUCAUUAUUACCAUUUUAUGACUUACAUUUCAGUUCUAUAAGACGUUAUCUUUUAUUAAUCAAAUAUAUUCCAUAUGUAUUUGUCUAUGUGGCUAUAGUUUUUGAAUUCAAAUCAUUACAGAAAACUUUCCAAAUCCAUGACUAUAGAAUAAUCCAAUCAUUUGGGAUCUUCACAGCGGUACCUAUCAUAAUUGUCAUUUUCAAUACAGGGUUAUCAAUAUUAAUUGUUCAUAAAUUAUCUCCAGGGUUUUAUGAUAUUUAUUUCCAGGACAAAUUUGUUUUAUUGUUCAAUAUCAUACCUGAAUUUUGUAUACUUGUUAGUUUAUCAAUCUUGAGUUAUAUUUGGAGACCAUCAAAACAAAAUAAUUAUGAACCUGUUCCUAUAGAGUUGGAAAAUAUGAAUGCAUAA